AGAACAGAGACCUUGAGUGACCUUAAGCAAUGUUGAGUAACCAAAUGUUCCUUUUUUGGGCUGAUCAUCAAUUUCUAGUGGUUUCCAAUCUUCGUCACCGUUGAGAACACAGUUUAAAAUAUAAGAGUUUGUCUGUGUCAGCCAUGAAAAAGCCUCUCCUUGGGAAUUUGUCUUUCACUCAAGGCGUUCGCCGCUUUCUGUAUGCAGUGAGACCCGAAGAAGCUUCGUUUGCCAAACUUGAUGACGUACCAGACUAUCUGAAUGAAGCUGUUCCUUUCUUCCUUGGAGCUAUAGCUUUGGAGUAUAUAUUGGCUUUUCUCACCAGACUUCCACCAGCAAGGUUGAAUGAUGCAUUCAGUUCCAUUGCAGCAGGAACUUUGUCACAGUUGUCCAAAAUAAUCAUAUUGAGUGCUGAACUUGCCCUUUACGUUUUCAUUUUUGACAACUUUAAUCUGAUUACUUUGCCAUGGGAUUAUCCUGGGACAUGGUACUUUUGUUUUAUUGGAGUUGAUUUUAUCUACUAUUGGUUCCACAGAGCUGCUCACGAGAUCAACAUCAUGUGGGCAGCACAUCAGGUGCAUCACAGUUCUGAGGAGUACAACCUUACAACAGCUUUAAGGCAAUCAGUUGUACAAAAUUACACUUCUGCUAUUUUUUACAUGCCUUUGGCCUUAGUGGUGCCUCCUUCGAUUUUCUUUGUGCAUAGUCAGUUCAAUAUGCUUUACCAAUUCUGGAUUCACACAGAGAUAGUGCGCUCCCUUGGACCUCUUGAGUAUAUUCUGAACACUCCAAGUCAUCAUCGUGUGCAUCAUGGGAGAAAUCCAUACUGUAUUGAUAAAAACUAUGGUGGCACGUUGAUUAUUUGGGAUCGAAUGUUUGGAACAUUUCAAGCUGAAACAGAUGAAGAAAUAGCCUAUGGUCUGGUUCAUCCAUUGGCCAGUUGGGAUCCCAUUUGGACUCAGCUUUGUCACUUCUGUCAUAUUUGGAAAACAUUUUGGGAAACACCAGGACUUAAAGACAAGUUGGCUGUUCUGUUCAAAGGACCUGGAUGGACUCCAGGAAAGCCUCGUUUGGGUGAUCCUGCAGACCUACCAGAGAUUGAAUAUCCUAUCCAGAAGUAUGACAGUUCGUUGUCAUUCUGGGGAAAUAUUUAUGUACUUGUGCAUUUUGCUGUAACCAUUGUGGCAUAUCAACUACUAAUUGCCAGAAGGAUGUCUAUGAGCCAACUUCAUGUGCUUGGAGUUAUCUCUUAUUUCCUCUUCACGAUUUCAAGUGUUGGAGCUUUAUUUGAUAACAAGUGGUAUGCCCCGUACAUGGAGUUAUUCCGUUGUCUGUUGUUCCUCAUUGUAGACCUUGUGCUGUCUUCACAAAACUUGGAUACUGGAGUACUUCCUACUGCUUACAUUGGUGUCAUUCGUGGAAUUUUCAUUGCGUCUGCAUUUCUCUGGAUAAUUGGUUCGUUGGUGACCAAGAGCAAGUUAAAGAUCCAGUGAAUCUGGAUAGCACUUGCACACUAACCACAGUCCUGAUCACGAUUACCUGUCAAUAGUGGUUGACUAUAGUACCUAAACCAAUGCCAAUGUUGUUGGACAUUUUUUUAUUGUUAUGCCGGCAUAACAGGUUACCAUAGCAGACGUGCAAGCUGUCAGAACACCCUUGGCCUAAAUAGAUAAUAGAACAGCAUGCUUAGUUAUCCUUAAAUUCGUUUCCAAAAUUUGAUAAGUCCAAUCGAGGUACAACAGGGCAUCAGUGGAAAGACAUUUUAACAAGACUGUUCUCCAAACUACCCGAGUGUGUGGUUUGAUGAUCUUGACAGUCUGCCACGAAAUUUAGUACCCAUUUUAACCUCGUCGUUCCGUGGACCACCAAGGUAACGAUAUAUAUUGUAUUACAGUGAAUAUCGAACCCAGUUGCCUUUGUUCAGAAACGGAGUUAACAGGCUGGACUAUUAGAAUUACAAUGAAUCAAAAGAAAAACAACAACAACGACAACAAAAAAACAAAUACGAAUAAGAAAUGAGUAUAUUUAAUAAGUAGUUUGAUAUCUCACUUGGAGGUUUAAAAAGAACUAACAUUAAUACCAGUGACAAAUGUAUGUUUUUUUAUCCAUUUCCGAUCUUAAUGGCAAUGACUUUCCAUAUUCUCUACAAUGCAUUACGUAAAAUGUUAGUACUGAGAAUUAGGUGUUAUUUAUCAAGCGAAAUCCCCCGCAGAUUUUUUAAUUUUGUUCCAAAUCAAGUAACAUCAUGUAAGUUAUAUUGUUCUUUCUUCUUGUCACCUUCCUUCGUUAAAAAAUGUAUCGAUAAUGUAAGGAAAAAUUCAUUUUUGGUCACUGAAGGUCUUAAAAUAACUGAGGAGAAUUUGCUACCUUUCUAUACU